AUGUUUAGAAAUCAAUACGAUAACGAUGUCUCGACUUGGUCUCCCCAAGGUCGUAUUCAUCAAGUUGAAUAUGCUGUGGAAGCAGUAAAGCAAGGUUCUGCUGCUAUUGGUUUGAGAAGUGAUAAAUUUGCCAUUUUGCUUGCACUCAAGCGUUCAUCCGGCGAGUUGGCUUCUUACCAAAAGAAACUGAUCAAGAUUGAUGACCAUAUGGGUAUUGGUAUUGCAGGCUUGACCUCUGAUGCCCGUGUCUUGAGUAAUUUCAUGCGUUCCGAAGCCAUGAGAUCAAAGAUGUUGUAUGAUAGACCUUUGCCCACACAAAGAAUCGUGAACGCCAUUGCCGACAAGGCACAGGUAAAUACUCAACAAUAUGGACGUAGACCUUACGGUGUUGGUCUUCUUGUCAUUGGUUAUGAUGAAACUGGACCUCAUCUUUUUGAAUGUUCUCCUUCUGGUACUAGCUUCGAAUAUUAUGCCAUGUCUAUCGGUGCUAGAUCUCAAUCAGCCAAGACUUACCUCGAAAGAUACCGCGAAGAUUUCACUAAUGCAUCCUUGGAGGAGCUUGUUCGUCAUGGUCUUCAAGCACUUCGUGACACAUUGCAACAAGACAAAGAUCUCAAUAUCGACAACACAUCUCUCGGCAUUGUAGGAGACGGCCAUCCAUUCGAAAUCGUUGAAGGCGAAGCACUGCAAAGAUAUCUGGAUUUACUUGGUGAAGAUACAGGCAGAACUAGAGCCGCUGGCCCUGGCGGCGCUGCUGCCAAUACCACUUCAGGUUCCAACAAUGAUUCUGAGCCCUCUGAACCCGCUGCUGCUGUAUUAUUCGAAGCAGCAGACCCAAUGGAUACGGAUAAUUAA